CCAAACUACGUUGUUUGUGUCAUUAAAUUCAAAGAUUUUGAAUAAGCAAGAGCAACUUGAAGAGUUAAAGAAUCAAACCAAAUAAUUAAAAAUGGAUGAUUUCUCAGAUUGGAGUGCGACUUCCCUUCCUAAAGAGGAGAAACCAGUCAAACAAUUCACAGGCUUUUCGUUCUGUAAACGUCGUUUAGCUCAUUUUUAUGAUAGAUUGUCAGUUGAUCAACAAAAUCCACAAUAUCUUUAUGCUAAUAAUCAGGAACUUUCAAUUGAAGAUCAACUUAUUGAUGCACAAAAUCAAUAUUUGUCAAAUCAAUCAGAAAAGUCGCAUCAUAAGCAUUGGCAUCACAAAUACUGGUCAAAAAAAUGCAAUAAAGGAAAGAAUGAAGCUGUCAAAGAACCUGCUAAAGAAAGCAAUUGAAAUUUCAUAGAUUGGAUAUGAAAUUGCAUAAGAUUUUAAAAACAAAAUAGAUUUUAAGUUUUUGCAAGCUACGCAAUAUGUUAAGUACCUGUAAGAUGAUGUAAAUUAAGCAUUAAUAUAAUAAUAUUAUUCAAAGGAAAUAAAUGGACACA